CUAUGCAAAGUGACAGAAAACAGCUGAUUGAAUUUUUUCGAUUACGUAGAUAAUAGUAAACAUUUUAUUUUUUGAUAUUUGUUUUUAAUUCGUAUCUCUAAAAAUUAUAAAUAUUGCUUAGGUUAAUCGCUUUUACAUGAUAUAAGAGAUAUUUUGAAGAGUAAAUAUUAUAAAUCUUUAUUCUAUUUGUACUAAUGUAAUCUAAUAUUUUCAAACAAUGCCAGCGUUACUCAUUUCAGUGUCCUACAUUGUAUUAUAAUUUUAUAACGAUCAUUUUUUGACUCAUUCGGACUUUGUACGAUGAAUGUAGCGAUCUCGAUGAACGAUAAAAAUCACAAUCAAAAUAGAUUUUAUAGAAAUUCUGUAAAAAGAAAAUAUUGGUAUAAUAUUUCAAGUUUUGACAAUAGAAAUAAUAAUUUUGGUGAAGUGAAGUUUUAAAAAUAAAUUAUUAUUCUAAUAAAUUAUGUGAUAAAUCAAGUGAAAAAAAGUCAUAUAAUCAUAAAACAGCAUGGAAAGUAUCGGCGGAAUACCUGUUGAAUGUUUGAAAUCUGGAGAAUUGUCUAGAAUAUGGUCUGGCUGGUCCUUGAUGAAAGACAGAGAAGUUAUAAGAGAAGCUUCAGCCAAAGGAACACACAUUGAUCUGGCAUAUCAAUUUUUAUCUCAUAGAAAUAGUUGGAAUAUUGAUGAAGCAAAAAAUUAUUUUGAUGAGCAGGUCAAAAUAUGGAUUGAUGAAUUAAUUAACAAACAUCAGGUUCAUCGAGCUUCUCAUAUAUUACAAAACAUAAAAAAAGAUCCUCUAGAUUAUAUGCGACAAAUUUGUGUUACCUCUACGAAUUUUGAAGUAAGGAAUUAUUUAAUUUCUUUUCUAAUUCCUAGGCAAGGAUUGACUAAAGAAGAUACUGAAGUUUGGGAAAUAAUUAAAUAUUUGAAACUGUAUGAAGAGAAACAUGAAAAAAUAUCUGCAAAAUGUUUAAAAGCAUUAGAUAAUGUUGAAUUAAAUUAUCCAAAAAUAGAUAAUAUUUCUAUACGAGAAAUUUUGAAUCUUCCAUGUGAUGUUAAAAAUUCUUUAAUAACAGAAUUAUAUUUUCUUACUAAUGAACCAUGCCUGUUAGAAAGACUUGAACCUGACGUCGUAUGGAAUUACCUUUUGUCAAACGACGAUAUUAAAUUAUUAAUUGAUUGGAUUGAUAUCCAAAUGAAUGAUAAAAAAAGUAUUGUUAUUCUAAGAUACAUUUCAGAAGUAUUUAACCGAUUUAAAAUUAGUGAUAAAAUGAUUGAAGAUAUUGAUUAUUCUAGUGCAUCAAUUCCUGUAAAAGAAAUUUUACUCAAUUAUUUUGCCCGAUUUGGAAAAUUGAUAGAAAAAGAGAAACGAGAUGUCAAACUCACAUUAUCAAGAUUAUUUAGUGCUCAAAUAAAUUUCUCAGAAUUCGAAAAAGUUCUGUAUUCGCGAUGGUGUGAUUCAAAUGAAGAUCAUUUCUUUGCAAGAGUUCAUUCGAUUAUUUAUUAUCAAAAUACUUCGAACGAUUAUAAUGAAGAAUUAUAUUUAAACGAUCAAGAAUUAUUGGAUGUAUUUAAUAAAUUAAACCAAGCUACUCAUUUCGAUCAAAAAGAAUUUAAUCUUGCAAUUUGUAAAACCAUUAAUAGAAUUUCCGAUAAUUCUCAAGAAUAUUUGAAGGAAAAUCCGUUUAUGUUAUUUUAUUUAUUUUUAUCUAAUUUCAAAAAUUAUCACAAUUUCAAAGAUAUAGAAAUGGUCGAUACCUCAUUUACAGAACUAAAUUUUAAAGAACUUAAUAAACUUAUUAAAAAUUUAUUUACAAACUUACCUUAUUUUAAAGAAGCGAUAGAUAAAGUAUCACAAAAAGAUGAUAUUACGAUGUAUCAAAUGCUUCAAGGUUUUGAAAAUUUAGAUGUUUAUGAAUUAUUUAAGUGGAGACAAAAAGGCGAAGUUUUGCCAAAUUUUAGAAGUGAAAAUUUAAUCAAAAGAUACGGUCAUAAAGAAGAAUUAACUUAUAAAUAUUAUUUAAAGGAAGCCAGACCAAGUAUGGCAGCAUAUAUUUUCCAAAAUAGACACAAUAAAAUACAAAACAAUUAUUCUAAGAUAAAAUCACGAAUAGCAUUACACUCACAUAUUUUAGGCCUUAAAAACAUUAAUGAUCGAAAAGUAAUAAGUACUUGUAUCGCAUUUAUUGAAUUUCUUGGAAUAAAUUCGGAAUAUUUACGAUUUCAUGUCACUGCAGCUGAUUAUGUGAAAAACAACUUGAAUAUUUCUAUAAAUGACCUUCUUGAGUCGGUGACUUAUCAGAACUCAAAAAAUUUGGCAAUUUUAAUGAGUCACUUAGAACGCAGCUUUAAGAAUGAAUGCGACAAUGUCUCGAUUAAUGAUGUUGACAAAUUUAUAACAGUAUUAAAAUCAUGGAAUUUAAUUAUUCAAUUUGCAAGUUUACACAAUACUAUAUAUCCAUCAUUGUUUUUGAAAUAUUUUGCUAGAAAUAAAUUAUGGUUUGAAUUUGUUUUGGUGGGACAUAUUUUUAGCUAUCCACUCGAGCAGCUUUUAGAGAAUGCAGCUGAAUUCAAAGAUUUAAAUAUACGUGAACAUUUGUUGAUUUCCUUAAGUAAUUCUCAUAUACUUGCCGAGGCGUGCACCAACAAUGAUUUAAGUAAAAUUAAACCAUCAUUAAAUCUAUACAAAACUCAUAUGAAAAAUGGAUCCUCUUUAAAUCAUAUGACAGAAUCAUCGAGUAACUUACAGUAUUUUCCAUUAAAUCAAAUAAAUUGCAUCUACAAUCACAAUCUAUGGGUAACCAUCUUAAAAUAUCAUCAAAGUCCAGAUCCACCAGGUGCUUUAUUAAAAGCAUCUCGUGAAAAUAACUCUCCAAUACUUACAAUUUUGGCCGCUUGUUAUGAACCAUCUGCUACAUCUGUUUAUUGUUAUUCAUGGCUUAUUAUUUCCGUUAACAAUAGUAUAUUAACUAAUGAUUAUAUUGAUUGUUUAAAAGAUCAAAUUUGGUCUCCACGAAAAGUAUCAGAUCUCUUUCGAAGAGUAAUUUCUCUUGGUUAUAUUGAUACUAUAAGCCGAGCUUUUCAAAUAUUUAUGCCAGAUAAUUGUUUAUGCGCUUUUUUUAAUUUUCUCGUUCAAUAUAUUAAACAUUGUGAGUUCAAAGUGUGUAUUAAAUACUUGGAGAGUUUUUUAAUCAGUUGCUCUCUAUUAAAGAGUAAUAAAAUGAUUGAUUGGGACGACUCUGAAAUGGCCUAUACAAAUAAUGAAUAUUGGAUUGCUAUCGUAUCUAUUGAAUGUAUUUUAACAGCUUUAGGCAAGUGUUUACAGAGCAUUGAAUUGCAGACAAAAUUACUUGCGAUUCUCGUAGAAAAUAAGUUUAACUCUUUAUUGCACUUUGAUAAAUUGAAUUUUAAAAUGCUUUGGGAAAUCGUGACAAGUCUUGAAAGUACAAAUGUAAAAAUUAAUUUUACAGCUAUAAGGUUAACUGAAAAUAGUUCAAAUAUCAGAGAAGAAGUUGAGAAAUGUAUUGAAGCAUUAAUGGGUACUGGUAAUUUUAAUGUUGCUUUAGAAUUAGCAAAGAUUGUAGGUCUACCUUGUUCUAAGAUAAUUUUAAAUCAAUAUCGAAAUCGAUUAAAGUCUAAGAUGAUGAAAAAAGAUGAAGAAAAUGGAAAAUUUGAUAAAACAUUUUGGAAAAGAUGUGCGCUUGAUAUACAAAAGUAUAAUGUAGGUUUUGAAGAUGCAGCAGCUUUUUUUGUAGAGCAUGCAGACAGAGUACAAUCAGAUAAAGAGCGUUAUGAGAUUCUACAUUUAGCUCAUGAAAUAUUGAAACCAAUAUCGACACAUCAGCAGACACUAGAUACUAUAGAAAUGGCCAUGUGGAAAGCAUGUAUUCUAGCUGGACCUAACUCAAUAGAAAUUGAGACUGAAAAACGCUCAUUUAAUAAACUAAAAACAGAAUUGUUAUCUGAAGUUAGUAAUCUUCAAGUUAGCUGUAUUUUAUAUAACAAAAAUGAAGAAAAAGCAGUUGAAGCUUUAAUUAACAGAUUUAUUGAUGCAGAAGAUUUGGAAAAAGCACUUCGAAUUAGUGCAAUUUUCAAUUAUCAACAUACAGAUUUAAAAAUUCUGAUGUUGUGUUUGAGUUUAGCUGAAGGAGAAAUAAGUCCAAAGGUAUUAAAUAUAGAAUAUAAAAUGCUCUUAAAUGAAUUAGAUAAUGCUGAAUCUCAGAGGUUCAUUACAAAGAGUAAAAAUUUUCAAAAAAGAUAUUCCGGAUAUUUUUCUAAUCUUUCAUCGCCAAAUAGAACUCUUGAUAAAGAUCUAUCUACCUCAAUCAGCAGUUCACAAGAGAUAGUUGAUGAAUCCGGAAUAAAUUGUAUUACAUUGCUAACAAAAUUGAAAAUGAAUUUAAAAUAUCAAUCUAAUGUUGCAAAUAAAAUAUUGUUACUGUGUAGAUUAUCUGAAAUUCUCAAGAAAAGCUAUAACUCAUUGUUAACAUUAGAAGAUCCAAUGAAAAUUUUAUCAGAGUUGACGACAAUCAGUCAUGAAAAUAAAUUUGAUCUUAUGCAAGACGUUAUAAAUAUUUAUAAACUAAAAGAUAAAGAAGUAACGAAAUUUUUCACAGAACAAAUUAUUCUGCAUAUAACUACACAAGUUGGAGAGGAUUUAGAUGAUUCUAUAGCAAUGUGGAAUUAUCCUCUUUCAAAUAAUUUACUGAUCCUUAGUUUUUGUAAUGAUGCCUCUUUAAUAGGUUGGGAAUUGAUAAAAAAUGUUAAUGUACAAUUUAGUAGUUCUUAUACACUAAAAAAAGAUGAAUUUAUAUUAAAAGUUAUUGUGGAGCUCUUAAUUCAUGCUCAUUAUUUUUUUACUUUUGACUGUAAUAUGGAAGGUAUCGCUUAUGUCUUAAGAAAGUGUCGAGUUCUUUCGCAUGGUCUACAACAAUUAAAAUUGUGGAAUUUAUUGGUGAGAUUAAUGACUGGAAUCGGUCGAUUUACGGAAAUGAAUUACAUUUUACAAAUUUUAAAAGAAAAUCAUCAAUUUGAAUUGUUAUUGAGGAAACGAUUAGUCAAUAGAUCAGGAUUACGAAUAGCUUUAUUGGAAUUUUGUAAAAAACAAUAUCCUAAUGAUAAAGAAUCAUUUAGUUAUGUUGCAGAACAUUUUUUACUUUACACUGAAAAUGCGAUAAGAUGGGAAAAUGAAGCUAAAACGGUUAUAAGAGAGCUUAUCAAAGAAAUAAGAAGAGAACGUAUCAGGUUAAUGAAUAAUUUUAAUGGUCCAAUAAAAUUAACAAAAAAGAAUAGAAUAGAAGAGAAAUUAGAAAUGGCCAUGUCAAAUUAUACUCAUGCAUCAGAAAAUUAUUUAAAUGAUGAUAAAUUGAAUAUGGCGAGUCGUUGUUCACAUCAAGCACAAUUAAUUGCCUUACAGUUAUCUUUGCUUAAUAGUGUUUCUUAUAAUCAGGAAGCCAUAUGUUUAUUAGAUUUAAAUGAUGAAGAAGUUGCUCGAGUAAUGUCACAGUCUUUGACAUUCCCACAAAUACUUAUUCUUAUUGAAGCUUAUAAUCAUAAUGCUGAUUGGUCAAGUCUGAUUUAUCAUCAUGUAAUUUUAAAUGGAGAUAUUAAAUUUUUAAAGGAUUUUCUGGCUAACAAGCGCCUUACUUCUGCCAUCGUUCAAGACUGUGUUUGCAAAUAUCGAGCAGAGAAAUGUAUAUCAAAACAAAUGACACUGAGUAUGCAAAGCCUAAUCUCUGAAUUAACUGAUGUAGAAUGUAAAUAUAUAUUAGCAAGUCAACUUGGAUUUAAGAAUAUUAUUGAAUCGAUGCUAUCUGAUUCAGCUAUUAGUUCAUAUUUGAAAGAUACCGUCUGGAAACGAGGUUUUAAUCCUCAAAAAUUUAUAGGAGAAAAUUUUCAUGGUUAAUUACAACGAUGACUCUUAAAAGGAUAAAUGAAUAUAUAGUUUAUUAAAACAUAAUUAAUUAUUUUUAAAUAAGUUUAAUGAUAUAAAUGUAAAUAUUAUUAUUAUAAUAUAUAUGGUAU